AUGCAGUUCCGGUAUUCUAACAAGUCUGGCCCAACCGAUUUCCCUUGGGAGACAGCCAUCCCCAUCUCCCCGUUCUGGGAUACAUGGACCUAUAAAGACUCCUACCCUAUCCUCACUGCCAUCCCAGCAGAGGAGUUUCAACAGUACAACCUGGAUGAAAAGUACGGCUCGGCACCUCAGCAAGAGAAAAUCGAAGUGGUUCUCAAGAUCCUACUCGAGAAACUUCGCUAUGAGGAGUCGAAGUCCGACCUUUACACGACCGACUUUAAGCAGCUGCUGGUCGCCAGAAGACAGGGCCCAACUGAUCUUGUGCCUCUGAAAAACCUUUCUGAAUUCCUGGCCCAGAAUACAGACAGAUAUGCCGAGUCAAACGCUUUGGCUGUGCAGUGUCUGGACUGGCUAGACAAUAAAGUUGGCAAGUCUUCCCCCCAAUCCAUCGGGAGCUGCAAGACAAUUGCCGCGACAGAGUGGAAACAGGGCAAUCGCGAGGAGGCAGAAAAGAUGAUUGCGGAGCUCUUUGAGCGUGUGGAGGGGGUGAAGACAUCCAAAUUUGCAGUCUAUGCGGAUGAUGAGAAGGAAAAUGCGCAGAAAUGGCUGGAGGACUUGAAGAGUAGCACAGAAUAA